CGUUGGUGGCACAGUUGGCAAAUCGGACUCUUCAGGGCUUCAUCUCUCUUCAGUCUCUCCUCAGUCUGAAGUUGUAUACUUGUGGUCAGCCAUCUCAGGGACCUUAUACUAUACACAUCUCAGUGUUGUUUGAUCCAGUGACUAUACAGCAGUCUUGGUUCCAACCUACAGUUGUUGUCAUCAAAUUUUUUUUUCUACCGCUGCUACUCAACUGUUGUAUACACUGUUAACUCAGCUGAACUGAUACUACUGCCAGUAUGUCUUCUACAUCAUUGAUGGAGUACAGUUAUUCUUCUGAGUCCCAUGGUCCCGGUACCACCUCAUUUGAGAAGCAAGUCUCUCGGAAAUCCUUCCAAAAUUUGAGCACUCGAUCAAGGAAAGUUCUGCGACAGAGCUAUGAAUUGGGUGAUACCAGCCCAAGCGUCCGAGCACUUCUCGAAGCCCGUAUUGAAGAGCUAGAGGAAGAACUUGAAGCAGAAAGACAAGCUCGUGCUAAGGUCGAAAAGCAGCGGUCAGAUUUGUCACGUGAGCUAGAGGACCUAGGCGACCGUCUUGAGGAACAGGGUGGUGCUACUGCCGCUCAGAUUGAGCUGAACAAGAAGCGUGAAACUGAAUUGGCUAAAAUCAAACGUGAGCUAGAAGACACACAUCUCCAACAUGAAGCAACAGCCAGUCAACUCCGCAAGAGACACCAAGACAGUGUGUCCGAACUCAGUGAACAAAUGGAUGCCCUCCAGAGAGUCAAGAGCAAGAUUGAUAAGGAAAAGAACCUUUUGAAAUCUGAAGUCGAUGACUUAUCUGUGAACAUUGAAAUGCUGCAGAAAGCCAAGGGUCAAGCUGAAAAAGUCAACCAUCAACUCAACGGACAGUUGUCUGACGCCAACAUGAGAAUCGACGAACACGUGCGUGUCAUCAAUGAAUUGAAUGGCCAGAAAGGCCGUCUCGGACAGGAAAAUAAUGACCUAACCCGCCAACUCGAAGAAAGUGAAAGCCUCGUCAGUCAACUGAGCAAACAGAAAACACUGUUGAAUGCCCAGUUGGAAGAGGCCAAGCGCAGUUUAGAAGAUGAAUCGAGAGCCAAAUCUAGUCUUCAUUCUCAGCUUCAUCAAGCUCAAAAUGAUAUCGAUAAUCUUCGUGAACAGUUGGAAGAGGAAGCCGAGGGCAAGAGUGAAUUGCAGCGUCAUAUGGCUAAAAUGAAUAGUGAAUUGCAAGCCAUGAGAGCCAAAUUCGAUGGUGAAGCAGUUCAACGUGCUGAGGAACUUGAGGAGUCUAAGAAAAAGCUACAGCUCCGUCUUCAAGAGGUCGAGGAAGCUCUUGAAAACGCCCUGUCCAAAUGCAGCAGUAUGGAGAAGAACAAACAUCGUCUACAAGGUGAAAUUGAAGACAUGAGCAUUGAAGUUGAACGGGCAAACAAUGCUGCUAUGGCCAUGGAAAAGAAACAACGUACCUUUGACAAACAGAUUUCUGAGUGGAAGAUUAAAUGCGAUGAGCUGAGUGUUGAAUUGGAUAGUGCACAAAAAGAAGCACGCUCAUAUUCCACUGAAGUGUACAGACUGAAGGGAACUUAUGAAGAAACCCUUGAGAGUAUCGAGAUUUUGAGGAGAGAGAACAAGAACUUGCAAGAGGAGAUUGGAGACUUAACUGACCAGCUUGGUGAAGGUGGCAAGAACGUCCAUGAACUCGAGAAAGCCCGUAGGAAGUUGGAAAUGGAGAAAGAAGAACUCACAGCUGCCUUGGAGGAAGCUGAGGGCCAACUAGAACAAGAAGAGAGCAAAGUUCUUCGCAUCCAACUUGAACUCACCCAAGUCCGCCAAGAAAUUGAACGCCGUGUUGCUGAUAAGGAAGAAGAAUUUGAGGCCACUCGCAAGAACCACCAACGUGCCAUGGAAUCUAUGCAGGCUAGUCUCGAAGCUGAGACCAAGUCUAAGAAUGAUCAGCUGCGCCUUAAGAAGAAACUUGAAACUGACAUCAAUGAGCUAGAGAUUGCCUUGGACCAUGCCAGUAAGAACCACGCUGAAGCUCAAAAGAAUGUGAAGAAAAUGCAAAUACAGAUCAAGGAAUUACUCAUGCAGGUUGAGGAUGAACAGCGUGUUCGCGAUGAACAGCGAGAUCAAAUUCAAAUUGCUGAAAGACGCAACGCUAUGUUGCAGAACGAAUGUGAAGACUGCAGAAAUGCUUUGGAACAGGCUGACAGAUUACGUCGUGCUGCUGAAGCUGAACUUGGCGAUGCUUCUGACCGCGUUAAUGAACUCACCGCUCAAAAUAACUCCCUGAACUCAGUUAAAAGAAAGGUGGAAGCUGAAGUACAAGCCCUGCAAACUGAGUUGGAUGAAGCUUUCUCUGAAGCUAGAAACCAGGAAGAAAAAGCAAAGAGAGCUAUCACUGACUGUAGCCGCCUGGCUGAAGAACUUCGCAAUGAACAAGAUCAUGCCAUGCACAUUGACAAAAUCCGCAAACAAUUAGAAUCUCAAGUCAAAGACUUGCAGAUGAGAUUGGAAGAAGCCGAAGUCAUGGCUCUGAAGGGAGGCAAGAAAAUGGUUGCCAAGAUGGAAAUGAGGCUCCAUGAGGUAGAGAAACAAUUAGAUGAAGAACAACGUCGCCGUGCCGAUGCUGAAAAGAAUAUGCGCAAGAACGAGCGUCGUGUUAGAGAAAUCCAGUUCGCAAUGGAAGAAGACCAUAAGAAUAUUGAACAACAAAAAGAAACAAUCGAAAAAUUGAUGAUCAAGAUCAAAGUACAUAAACGCCAAAUUGAAGAGGCUGAGGAACAAGCCAACAUCAAUCUUGGAAAAUACCGCAAAGUGCAGCAUGAACUGGAGGAAGCAGAAGAACGUGCCGAUAUGGCCGAGUCGUCAUUAAACAAGCUCCGUGCCAGGAACCGCAGUCAAGUAUCAGGAAGUCGCACAAGCACUUCUAAUGUCAAAUCUGCUCAAUCAUAGACAUGAGGAAGGUCGGUCACGGGGGAGAAAAUGACAUCUAAGGCGGCGGCUAUGCAGGCUAUUCACCCAUGAGAAAUUAUUCAUCGCGCAAUAGCGACCGCAGUAGUACAGCGUCAGCCAAUGGGGGAGAAGAAGAGGAAUAAACUACCAACCAAGACUCAAAAACUACAAGAAAAGAAACUAUGAUGCAAUGUUCAAAAUAUCAGUUGCCUAGGGAACCUUACAAUAGCGCCAAUAACCUGUCAUUGAAUUGGGGGGAUUUUUUUAUAAUGAUAUAUUAAUAAUACAUGACUUAAAAGGAGAAGGUUAUUAUUACAGAAUUUGAAAGGUCAGUAGGGCUAAAAGAACUUUUUUUUGUUAUGCCAUGGGUUAAGUUUAAAUCUGCCACAAUAUAGAUUAUUAUUUCCCCCCUAAACCAUUUUUCUACUGGAAGGGGUUUUAGUGCUGAUAAUGAGUGUAUGCUGGUUGCCUGGCAUCGUAAUCAUUUAAUUUUGUUCAUGUCUACAAAUGAUUGAUAUAGGCGGAGGCAGGCCAGUUAGGUUACCCGCGAUCUGGCUACCCAUUUUUGUUUUAGUUUUCUAACUUAUGUAAAAAUAACCCAAAAAUUAAAAGAAAGACAAAAAAAAUGAAAAUUUAAGUUCAGAUUAAACUUAACUCGGCCGUAAUUGCAUUUGUAUUUUUGCUACUUGUUUUGUAGAGUAAACGACGAAAGAAGAAAAAACCCAGACUCCAGGUUAUUUAUUAUUAUACUGCAUUGUAGACCCGUAAUAACUUUCCCCCAUUUGGCUUGCUUUAGAAGCUUUUACAAUUCUAUGCCUAUUUCAUCUCUCUCUAUCUUUCUUUUUUAGUCUAAAACUUUUUUUAUUUUUAACUAAAGUGUGAUAUAUAGUUAAAGAAUUUUUUUAGAAAAUCUUUUAAAGUGUAGAUGUUUUAUUUUCUGUGGGAAGACAUCGCCAAAACCACCAACCAGCCAGUCAGUAACUAAUGUAUUUUUUUUUACCAAGUGCUAAUAAACUGUCAGUUGAGAAAAA